AUGAUUAUAGGUGAAAGAACUCUGGAAUAUUGGUUGAAGGCGAUUCGGUCAGACCAGAAAACAGUCAGGCAGUCCCUGUUCCCAAUUUUAAGCGAAUUCUUUAUCGUGCCGACGUUCACUCCUAAUACCCUUCCUAAUAUCCCUUUCCCUCACAGGACUCCUGACACUCACGAAGGAGACACGGAGGAGGAGGAGGCCCAGACCCUCGCAGCUCUCCAGGCACAGGUCCGCGAUGCCGUAGGUCGAGUGGGAGCAGCAGGAAGAAGUGGAGGAGGAGGAGGAGGAGGAGGUGGUGAAGGUGGAGCCUCUGAGGCCGACCUCGACGUGGGAAGAGAGCUGAAGUGGAGGAGGAUGGCUCUCAAUCGGCUCAAGGAUUACAGGAACAGGGAAGAUUCAAGGACGACCAAGCUAGUGGACUACCAGGCCAAGCACUCACUCCCCCCUGAGGAAGCUGCCCACAAGGACGAAGGCGCAGGAGAAGGCGGAGGCGGAGGAGGAGGAGGUGGCGAGGUCGAGCCGCCCUUCGACAUCGAGAACGAGGUUCAGGUUCCGCCUCCGAGUGUGAGCGUGAGGGCAGUCGAGGCUCAGCUCUGGACGCUGCUGGGAAAUCUCGAGAUCGACUGCAAGAAGAUAAGGGAAAACGUGAACCGCAUUGCAAGAGUCCAAGAGAACCUUCUGCUGCAAGUGAACCUCUUUCGUGCAGAGUGGGGGCACGCUCUUUUUACACUCCCGCACCUGCCGCAUCACCUGCAGGUCCAGGUUUCGGACGAGCUUGUGAACGAGUUCUACUGCGACCUCCUCGAGCUGGAGGAAUGCGAGGAUACGGACGACGUGCCCGGCGGAGACGUGCGACGAGGAACGCAGACGACGCCCACGCCCAUGCCACGGCGGCGGCGCGGGGGAGGAAGGGGUUGUCGAGGAAGGCAGCGAAGGGCCGGAUGUGCCGCCCCUGAGCCUGGCCGCCACGCCCCGCGCCGGCAAGACGCCCAAGGCCCAGCAGACCGCCCGAAGCCCCCGCGCCGCCGCCACCGCCCGCACGCCCUCCAACUCGACCUCCCGCACGCCCAGAACGACGCAGCGCAGCGGUCGUGGGCGCCGGAGUGUCAGGGAGUCGCCGAAGCCGCCGCCCACGCCACGCCCGCCCAUGAGUCUGGAGCAAGUGCAGCUGAUCCAGCGGCGACGCACCAGCUACCUGUCUUCGCUGAUCCAGGUUCCGGAGCAGCUGAAGGACUUAGCGAGGGAGGCGGACCACGAGCUUAGCCAGUGCAGAAGGGCGGUCGUCGCGGAGCGUGGGCGGCUGAACGUGGGCGGUCUUGCGGGCGGGGCAGCUCGUGAAGGCGUGGCGUGAGGGUCACAGUACAAGGAGGCCGAGAAGAAGCUGAGGCUGGCGCUGCAGGAGAAGAUUCAGGAGCGACAUGUCAUCAAGGAGAAGGUGCGCGUGUGGUGUUUGC